AGCUAGUUUGCAUGCGGGACGAUAAUGCAGCACGGAUAACCCCUGGGAAUAAUAUUUAAUAACUUAUCAACGAUAUAAAGUCGUAACCUAGACCCCUAUCCUGGUCCCUUAUAAUCACGUGAUUAAACCCAUGGUUAAUAAUUCACGUGACCAACAAGCUACCCCGCCACCCACCAUUUCUUCCUCGGAUGAAUUAUGACGACGAUGAUGACGUUAACACAAAGUAAACAAAGACUUGGGGACAAGAAUAAUGAGAAUUUCUCUUUGCAGCUUAAUCGUACGAUUAUAUGCCAUGAGACUCUGAUAAGGUAAUUGAAUUAAGCCUUUCUUGCCUACUGAGCUCAGUUGAAUCCAACUACCUAUGCCCUUCCUUAACCCCCACACCGAACUACCGAGCUUCACAUCCAUUCCCCUGCCAAAUGUGGUGUCGGCCCACACGCCUUUCCACAGACCUGCCAUUACGUCUAUAUCACCCCUCCUCCGUGAUAAUACUCCCAAUCUGCCCGUCUCUCUUCCCAACAACACGCAUCAACCACCACAACACUCGAUACUUUCAUAAACAACCUCCCACAAUGUCUAAACCAACCCCCUUCGAGCACGUUGAGAAGAUCUCCGGGCACUCCAAGGCCUGCUGCACCAUCCCCCCGAUCGUACCCGAGAAGGAAUACAAGGCAAAGGGCACCUAUGAGACCAUCGACGGCAUCAAGACCUACGUCACCGGUUCACCCUCCGCCACCACGGGCAUCUUCGUCGUCGCCGACAUCUUCGGCUACUACCCCCAAACCCUCCAAGGCGCCGACAUUCUCUCGUGCGACUCCACCUACCGCGUCUUCGUCCCCGAUUUCUGGGACAACGAUCCCUGCCCGCUUGAAUGGUACCCCCCCACCCCCGCCACAGCCGAGAAGCUCGGCAACUGGUUUAAGCAGCACGGCGACUUCCCUGCCGGGUGCGAGAAGACGCACCGCUUCCUAGAGAGCUUCAAGAAGGCGUCGCCGAAGAUCGAGAAAUGGGUCGGGCUGGGGUACUGCUGGGGCGGAAAGAUCAUGUCGCUUACGUCUGGGGAGAACACCCCGUGGGCGGUCAGCGUUCAGUGCCAUCCGGCCGGUGUGAGUGGUGCGGACGCGGCGAAGAUUACGGCCCCGCAUAUGCUGCUGGCCAGUAUGGACGAGAGUAAGAAGGAUGUGGAGGCGUUUGAGAAGAACUUGAAGGUUGUGAAGCAUGUUGAGACUUGGGAUAAGAUGAUCCAUGGGUGGAUGGCGGCGAGGGGCGAUUUGGAUGAUCCCGCGGUGGUGAAAGAGUAUGAGAAGGGCUAUCAGACUGUGCUGAGCUUCAUCGAGAAGAACUUGUGAGUAAGGUUUCGUUGCUUUCCUCGGGGUCGAAGAACCGAUGAGGAUGGAGCGAAUGAGGGUAGGGCGUGUGAUGAGUGUUAAUGGUGUGUUUGCUUAUAUAUCCCGUGUCCAUAGAAAUGCCUCAUCCGGGUCCUCGAAAAUAUAAUUCAAUCAGUCGUUUAGCUCUCACAAAUUCAUCAAUCUACCGACAUCGCCUGUUUCGAUUUGUGCCAUGAACAUGAGCUUGCCGACCCCAUCUUCAAAUCAUGCCCAUUCUGCUUACUUCUCUAGCCUCCAAACUCACCACCAUGACCUUCACCCAUCCCUACACCCCCUCUGCAGAAGCAUAGCACAAGUUUCACACCCACUAACACCACACCUCUUCACUUCCCACAUCUCCGCCGCCUUCCUCUUCGCCCGUACUGCCCGCGACUCUCUCAUCUAGCUCGACCCGUUCGAGUCUGCGAAGGCAGCUAGCAGGGUCGCCUCCUCCAUCAACGGCGCGACGGGCUUAUCGAUGCCGAACACCGCUGCACCGAGGCGGGUGAGUGCUUAGAGGACCCAAGCGCUGCUGGCACCGCGAUAUCUGUGGGAGUGCUGGUAGGGGUAGAGACUGAGGGGACGGGAGUGUUGACCAGGAUGUCAUGCGCGCUCGCGACAUCGGGGUCGAUGAGGAGGGC